UGGGGCGUCCCCGCCCCUCGCCCCGGGGAGCGGCCGCGCGCGCGCGCUCCCGCGGCCCCGCCCCCAGAAGCGCGCGCCCCUACGGCGGCCGAGGGGCCGGGGACGCGGACGAGGCGGGUCAUGGAGGCCCUGCGGCGGGCCCACGAGGCCGCGCUCCGGCUGCUCCUGUGGCGGCCCUGGGCCUCGGGCGCCGCCUCCCGCCCGAAGCCCCGCGCCUCGGAGGUGCUGACGCGGCACCUGCUGCAGCGGCGCCUGCCGUACUGGACCUCCUUCUGCGUGCCCUACAGCUCCGUCCGCAACGACCAGUUCGGCCUCUCGCACUUCAACUGGGCCGUGCAGGGCGCCAACUACCACGUUCUGCGCACCGGCUGCUUCCCCUUCAUCAAGUACCACUGCUCCAAGGCCCCCUGGCAGGACCUGGCCGGACAGGACCGGUUCUUCACGGCGCUCAAGGUCGUCAACCUCGGUAUUCCAACUUUAUUAUAUGGACUUGGCUCCUGGUUAUUUGCUAGAGUCACAGAGACUGUGCACACCAGUUAUGGACCAAUAACAGUUUAUUUUCUAAAUAAAGAAGAUGAAGGUGCCAUGUACUGAAAGUGUGCUUUGAAGGACAUAAAUAUCAGUAGAUUUUCUCAUGUGUAUAUGCAUUAUUUAUUUUUGAUCCUUUAAAAUAAAACUUUUGCAAACA